ACUGAAUUAGUUAGGUCGGAAAGGACCUCCGAGAUCGGCGAGGCCAGCCUGUAGGCCGUGCAGGUUAAUGGCAGCCUAAAGCGGAGCCUGGGAUUGUUUCAGUACAGUUUAGUCAGCUCACAUUGUGUGUGUUUAUGAGGAAGAAAGGAAGGUGAGAGCUGCUGUGAAACAGAAGCUUUUGGAAAAGUCUCAGUCAGAAUUUUCCUGAAGGAAUUUUCUUUCUCUGUGCAUAGCUAACAAAUAGCAAUGAAAACUCAGCCCUACAGGCAGAGCUGGGCCUUAAUGAGCAUCACCAGAACGAAGUGAUCAGCUACAUGCGCUUCGCUCGCUUCAAGCGUGGCCUGUGUCUCAAAACAGUGGAUUCUUGUUUUCAGGACCUUAAGGACAGCAGACUUGUUGAAGAGACCUUCACAGUUGAUGAGGUGAUAGACAUGCUGGAUGGACUGCAGAGUGUUGUACACAGUGAAGUGGAGUCGGAGCUCAUAAAUACAACUUACACCAACGUUUUACUUCUGCGGCAGCUCUUUUCACAGGCUGAGAAAUGGUACCUUAAGUUACAGACAGACGUCUCUGACUUGGAGAAUCGAGAAUUAUUGGAACAAGUUGCUGAGUUUGAAAAGUCAGAAUUUACAUCUUCAAACAAAAAGCCCACUGCAGAUCCCGUUAAACCAAAACUGGCUCCAUUAAAUGAAGGUGGGACAGAGCUGCUAAACAAGACAGUUGCUCGUCUCCAAGAAGAAAAUGAAAAAUUGAAGACCAGACUCAAGACUAUAGAAACACAGGCUACAGCUGCCCUAGAUGAGAAGUCCAAGCUAGAGAAGUCACUGAGGGAUUUACAGAUGAUCCAAGGAGAUCAGAAGACUAAUGCAAACCAGGACAUCACUGAACUGGAGAAUAAAGUGGCAGCUUUGAAAUCCCAGUUUGAGAAGACUUUGAAUGACACUACUGCAAACCAAAAAUUCUUGGAAGAGGACUUGGUGACAACAAAACAUGACUUGCUUAAGGUUCAGGAUCAGCUAUCUGCAGCUGAAAAGGAACUGGAGAAGAAAUUUCAGCAAACAGCUGCCUAUCGCAACAUGAAGGAGAUUCUCACAAAGAAGAAUGAACAGAUAAAGGAUCUGCGUAGAAGGCUUUCCAAAUAUGAAUCAGAGGACUGAAAUACCAAAAAACAUCUGAUGUAUCGAAAGCUGCCAUGGAAAGAAAAUGUAGACUGGUAUUAUAUUUCAAUAAUCUUUGUUUUGAAUGGUAUAUUUUUUGCUUCUAAUGAUGAAAGUAACUCUUUAUUAACACUAAUAACAUGCUGAAACUCCUACCUUACUUCCUUGUAAACCUACGAUUUAUAGGUAUUAGUUUCUGCAGUCAUGUUUUUAAUUCUUAGCCAUCAACAUUUCUUGAGAAAUAGCUAACAGGAUCUUACUGAAGAACUGAGAACAUUCCCUACAAAGAAAGGAGUUUAUUUUUGUUAAGAAAAGAAAAAAAGGGAAAAAAAAGAGCAUUAGGGAUUUUCUUGUCUCUGAGGUGGAAAUUCCAGUUGUUACUUUUGUGUAGUUAGUGUACUUAUGAAGUAGCAUUAUAUGUAAAAAUUACAUCAGUGAAAGUAAAAAGCAGGAAGAAAAAAAAAGAAACUCACAGAUUCUGUAAUGUUACUU